AUGACUAGUUUCAACCACACUGGUGUUAACCAUAUGAUCUUCUAUCUCCUGGGCAUUCCAGGCCGAGAAGACCUGCAUGUGUGGAUUUCCAUCCCCUUGUUCAUCUCCUAUGUCUUUGCUCUCCUUGGGAAUGGUCUCCUCAUCUUCAUUAUCCUCACCAAGAGCAGCCUCCAUGACCCAAUGUACCUUUUCCUCUGCAUGCUGGCUGCAGUAGAUAUUAUCUUUGCUACGACUACAGAACCCAAGGCACUGGCCAUUUUCUGGUGCAAUUCUAGAGAAAUUUCUCUUAAUGGUUGCGUUGCCCAGCUCUACUUCCAGCACUCUUCCUUCAUCUCCGAAUCAGGUAUAUUGCUGAUUAUGGCAUUUGACCGUUAUAUUGCAAUAUGUUACCCCCUGAGAUAUUCCACUAUUCUCACCCACUCCUUGAUUGGAAAAAUUGGUGUGGCUGUUUUUUUGAGAGCACAUUGUACCAUUUUCCCAAUGGUAUUUCUCCUAAAGAGAUUGACUUUUUGCAGAACUAACAUCCUUCCACAUACAUUCUGUGAACACAUUGGUCUAGCCAAGUAUGCCUGUGAUGACAUCCGAAUAAAUAUUUGGUAUGGAUUCUUUGUCUUAAUGUCCACAGUAAUCUUGGAUGUUGUCCUCAUUUUUGCUUCCUAUGUUCUGAUUCUUCGUGCUGUCUUUCACAUGCCUUCACAAGAAGCUCGUUAUAAAGCUCUUAACACAUGUGGCUCCCAUGUCUGUGUGAUCAUCCUAUUUUAUGGGCCUGGAAUCUUCUCAGUUCUCACACAGCGUUUUGGACGUCACAUACCACUGCACGUCCAUAUCUUGCUGGCCAAUGUCAGUAUGCUUGCUCCACCUAUGCUGAAUCCCAUCAUUUAUGGUGUCAAGACUAGGCAGAUACGAGACCAAGUGGCUUAUAUGUUCUUUUCAAAGAAGAAAUGA